GUCCCCUAAGAUCGUCUGAACGUCACGCAUGAACAUUGGUCACGUGGUUCGUAGACGUAAUAUAACGUGCGAGAUUUUAGAAAUCUUUCCUUUUCUCAGCGCUGUUGAAAUGUCUCAUCGAAAGUUUUCUGCGCCACGUCACGGCUCUUUGGGGUUCUUACCUCGUAAGCGGUCGUCCCGUCAUCGUGGAAAAGUUAAGGCUUUUCCCAGAGAUGACCCAUCUAAACCAUGCCAUUUAACGGCUUUCAUCAGCUACAAAGCUGGCAUGACCCACGUUGUUCGUGAAGUUGACCGACCAGGGUCAAAGGUUAACAAGAAAGAAGUUGUGGAUGCCGUAACCAUCUUGGAAGCGCCACCCAUGAUAGUGGUUGGUGUGAUCGGUUACAUCGAAACCCCUCGUGGUCUACGAACUUUGAAAACCUUGUUUGCCGAACAUCUGAGCGACGAAUGCAAACGCCGAUUCUACAAAAACUGGUACGCAUGCAAAAAGAAGGCCUUCACCAAAUCGUGCCGAAAAUGGCAAGACGAAGAAGGCAAGCGUCAAAUCGACCGCGAUUUCAACCAGAUGAAGAAAUACUGCAAAGUGAUCCGUGUUAUCGCACACACCCAGAUGAAACUUCUCCCAAUCACCCAGAAGAAGUCCCACAUCAUGGAGAUCCAAGUGAAUGGUGGAACCAUUCCAGAGAAGGUUGACUACGCACGAGACUUGCUGGAGAAACCAGUCCCAGUCUCAAACAUUUUCGCCAAGGAUGAAAUGAUUGAUAUCAUUGGUGUGAACAAGGGGCAUGGAGAGAAAGGUGUUACUUCUCGUUGGCAUACAAAGAAACUUCCACGAAAAACCCACAAGGGUUUGAGAAAGGUUGCUUGUAUUGGUGCGUGGCAUCCAGCCAGAGUUGCUUAUUCUGUUGCAAGAUCAGGUCAAAAGGGUUACCAUCACCGAACUGAGGUGAACAAGAAGAUCUACAGAUUAGGAGCUGGUAUCCAUAAAGAGGGUGGCAAGCUCAUUAAGAACAAUGCUGCUACUGAGACUGAUAUUACAGAUAAGAGCAUCACCCCUAUGGGAGGUUUCCCCCAUUAUGGUGAGGUAAAGAACGACUUUGUGAUGAUCAAAGGUUGUUGUAUUGGACCUAAAAAGCGAGUGCUUACCCUUCGGAAGUCACUGAUCACACACACCAAACGUGCAGCUCUGGAGAAAAUCAAUUUGAAAUGGAUCGACACGUCAUCAAAGUUCGGGCAUGGUCGUUUCCAAACACACGAGGAGAAACGUGCCUUCAUGGGACCGCUCAAGAAGGAUCGUCUCGCCGCCGCUGCUGCUGCCGCUACCACAACCACAACCACCGCUUAAAUUAUUUUGCGGUCGAAUGGUUUAUCGUGCAUUGCUCGACAAUAAAAUAAAUAUGAAAACCCGGA